AUGGGAAAAGCAUCUCCCGAUCAUGGAGAUCAAGGCUGUACAUAUGAUGAGCUAGUGCAGGCAGCGGAAGCCGAUUGUCCUCGGUGCACGUUUGUAUUGAAGUGUAUCAGAGGAGGUGCAACACAUCUCAAAGUUGGCGACAUAAAGAAAGUCACGACUCCUUCCCGCGGCUACGUCAAAUUUGAGUGGUCUGCCGGAGAGAUCAUGCUAGAGAUUUUCAACCAGAACGGCAAGUCUAUCAUCUCCCUUUGCUUUUGUCAGUCGCAGAUUCAUGAUUCAUCUGCCUCGUUCAUUUGCCCAAAGCGACUGCUCGACCUGAGUAACGGGACUUUGGUUCUUCGGGAGCAUCUAAGGCAGAAACUACGCUACGCGUGCUUGAGCCAUUGCUGGGGCAAGAUCAAGAUCGUCAAGACGACGACACAAACCAUUGCCGGUUUCAAGACGGAAGUGCCCUUGGAUCAACUAUCGAAAACGUUUCGUGAUGCUGUUGACAUAUGUCGGAGUCUUGGAAUUAUCUACCUCUGGAUUGACUCUCUUUGCAUCAUCCAAGACAGCCCAGAAGACUGGAAAGAACAAGCAGCUCAGAUGGCAGACGUUUAUCAGCAUUCAUUCUUGACUAUCGCAGCUACGAAAUCUCAUGAUGGGUCCCAAGGUUGUUUUUCAGAGACUAGCCAUCAAUACGUGGCCAAGUUGGUUCCUGGUUACAAAGAUAUUUAUGUCCGCCAACAGGUACCACUUUUUCCAAAUCACUGGGUGCAACUAGACAAGAACAAUAACUACCCCGUGCUCAAUCGCGCCUGGAUAUAUCAAGAGAUGAUGCUUUCGCCACGAGUUCUGCACUUCUGCAACGAGGAAGUCAUCUGGGUAUGCCGAUCUUCACAACGAAGUGAAAGUGGUUGCAAUGACCGAGAUUACAACGAUGACAAGAGCUUCAAGCCUACGCUAUUUAGCUGCGUGAAUGAUAUUCCUCGGGAUAGUGACCAGUUCACGUGGCAUCGGUCGGUUCAGGAGUACUCCAGACUCAACCUUACCUAUGAAUCAGAUAAGACAAUUGCACUGGCUGGAGUUGCUCAACGUAUGCAACGCACACGACCUGAUGAUAGGUAUCUGGCUGGUAUCUGGGAGAAACACCUACCCCUCGAUCUUCUCUGGAUGGUCUGGCCUACGCCAAAGAUUAAGAAACCGAGGCUUGCUAGAUACCCUUCAUGGUCCUGGGCUUCAGUCUCGUCACAGGUUAUGUGGGACGGAAAUUGGAGUCCACUUCAGUCUGUGGUCAUUCAGAAAGUUCGUUAUACGCCUGAUGGCCCAAGCCACAUGGGGAACUGCUCGAGGUCCUCAAUCAUCUUACAAGCUCCUCUAAUCGAUGUAAAGUCCUUGCUGCCAACCAAGAUCACACCUAUGGGCGUAUGGAAUGAUAACGUUAGCCACACAGUCACACCAGUGGAAGACAUCAGCGUCGAAGAGCUUUGUGUAAACGACUACAAGCCUGACAGCCCGUCAGAUGGAUCUGCAUCUACAACAUGGCCACCUGCUAUAGGCGGCUUCGUUAUACCACUUGGUGUGAACGUCGAAGACAGUUAUAACUUCUGUGGUAUUCAUGUUAUCAAGAAGUUGGGAAGUAAUUGCUAUGAACGAGUAGGUCAUGUCGGAAUAAGCCAUGAUGCUUUACAGAUGAGCAACUACACCAAGUUCUUCCAUCGUCUAAAGCAUGAUGAUGCUUCACGAAAGCUAAGCAUGGAGUCUCUGGAGACAACUUCCAGAUCCUACGCUUAUCGUGUAAGAGAGCUGUUAGAAGGACUACAAGUUUCAGAAAUUGUCUUGGUAUGA